AUGUCUUCUCAAAGUAACCCAGAUUUCCUUCUUUUUGAAGAAUCCACCGGGUAUGCCAUCUUCAAGGUCAAUUUGUCUCAAGACAGUAUUGGCAACAAAUUAAAAGAGGUUCAACAGCAGAUUAACGAUUUAUCCAAAUUUAAAAAGAUGGUGGAACUAGUCUCAUUUGCUCCCUUUAAAGGUGCUGCUCAAGCUUUGGAGAACGCUACUGAUAUUUCUGAAGGUUUAGUAUCCGAUUAUUUGAAAUCAAUUAUCGAAUUAAACUUGCCAAAUUCUAAUAAUACCAAAUCAAAUAAAAAAAGACAAAUUAUCUUGGGUAUAUCUGAUAAAAAUUUGGGUCCAUCAAUUAAAGAGUUUUUUCCUUAUUUAGAUUGUAUCUCAAAUGAAAUGGUUCAAGAUUUAUUAAGAGGUUUAAGAUUACACGCUUCUCAUUUAUUAAAUAAUCUUCUAAACCAAAAUGAUAUAGAAAGAGCUCAGUUGGGUUUGGGACAUGCUUACUCAAGAUCCAAAGUCAAAUUUUCUGUACAAAAAAACGAUAAUCAUAUCAUCCAAGCAAUUGCUUUAUUAGAUCAAUUAGAUAAAGAUAUCAACACUUUUGCAAUGAGAGUUAAAGAAUGGUAUGGAUGGCAUUUCCCCGAAUUAGCUAAAAUUGUGCCUGACAAUUAUACUUUUGCUAAAUUGGUCUUAUUAAUCAACGAUAAAUCUUCAUUAAAUGAUGAUUCGUUGCACGAUUUAGCUGAAGUUGUUAAUGAAGACUCUGCUAUUGCUCAAUCGAUUAUCGACAAUUCAAAGAUUUCGAUGGGUCAAGAUAUUUCAACUUUAGAUAUGUUGAAUGUUACUACAUUUGCUAAAAGAGUGGUUGAUUUAUUUGAUUUCAAGAAAAAUCUAUUUGAAUAUCUAACAGACAAAAUGCAUACGGUUGCACCCAAUUUAUCUGAAUUAAUUGGUGAAGUCAUUGGAGCUAGGUUGAUAUCUCAUGCAGGAUCGUUAACUAAUUUAUCAAAACAAGCAGCAUCAACUGUUCAAAUUUUGGGUGCUGAAAAGGCUUUGUUUAGAGCAUUGAAGACUAAAGGUAAUACACCAAAAUAUGGAUUAAUUUAUCACUCGUCAUUUAUAGGUAAAGCUAAUGCUAAAAACAAGGGUAGAAUUUCCAGAUAUUUAGCCAAUAAAUGUUCAAUAGCUUCAAGAAUUGAUAAUUUUUCCGAUGAACCAAAUUCAAUUUUUGGAAAAGUUUUAAAAAAACAAGUUGAAGAUAGAUUAAACUUUUAUGACACAGGUAAAUCACCAUUAAAGAAUACAGAUGCCGUUAAGGAGGCAAUAGGUUUGAUUAAAAAGGAUUCGACUGGCGAUGAUGAUGAAAAAGAUAAGGAUAUAACCAUGGGAAGUAUAGAUGGACAAAGUGACGCAGAAAGUGAUGAAGAGGACAAAGUGGAAAAGAAGGUUAAGAAAGAAAAGAAAAUUAAAAAGGAAAAAAAAGAAAAAAAGGAUAAGAAGGACAAAAAAGAGAAAAAAGAAAAGAAGGACAAAAAAGAGAAAAAAGAAAAGAAGGACAAAAAAGAGAAAAAAGAUAAAAAAGAAAAGAAAAGUAAAAAGAGAUCAUUAGAUGAUAGUGAAGGUGGUGAAAGCUCAAAGAAGAAGAAAAGCUCUAAAAAAUAG